ACCACCAGCAUUCUCCACGUCACCCUCGUCCUUCCCUAGUUCUUUCUCUCCUUUUCGUGAUUCGCUAGUCCCUAAUUUUCCCAUUCAGGACAUCUCUGAGUGACUUAGAAAGCUUUUCAAGAGGAAUGCUACCCUCGAUACACUUGCUCUCGCCAACAGCCCUCUUCGUCUUUACCCUUUUCGCAUUGGCAGCAUGUGCUGACCUUUAUAAGACUCUGGGUGUCUCUAGAUCGGCCUCUGACUCGGAUAUCAAGACGGCUUACAAGAAAUUGAGUAAGAAAUACCAUCCAGAUAAAAAAGGUGGUGAUGAGGCUAAAUUCGUGGAGGUUGCACGAGCCUAUGAGGUGCUUUCGGAUCCCGAGAAAAGAAGCAUAUACGAUAGACAUGGAGAGGAGGGCCUGAAGCAGCAUGAAAAUGGAGGGGGCGGAUUCCAAAACCCAUUCGACAUGUUCCAAAGUUUCUUCGGUGGUGGACGUCCACGAGACGAGGUCCGUCGCGGGCCUACAUCGGUAUCGGAGUUUGAAGUGCCCCUUGCUGCGAUGUAUACCGGACAAAACAUUGAUUUUAUGAUUAAUAAGAAAAUAUUAUGUGACCACUGCCGAGGCUCGGGCGCUGCGUCUGAUUCGCACAUUAAGCCGUGUAAAGGUUGUGAAGGUCGUGGCGUCAAGAUCACUCGUCAACAAGUAUUCCCCGGGAUGUUUGCUCAAUCACAAACGACAUGCGACGAGUGUGGAGGCCGAGGGAAAGUGGUCACCAAGACAUGUCCACAUUGCCAAGGUGCUAAGGUGUUGCAACAUACGCAGCAUUAUACGCUUGAAAUUGAGAAAGGCAUAUCGGAAGGAUAUGAAGUCAUUUUCGAGGGCGAAGGUGACGAGAGUCCUGAUUGGGAAGCGGGCGAUGUGGUGUUAAGGGUACGCAGUAAGCGUGAGGAAGGGGGCUUCAGAAGGAAAGAAACCAGUUUGUACUGGAGGGAGACUAUUGGUGUUGACGAGGCGCUUCUCGGAUUUGAAAGAAAUUUGACACACCUCGAUGGCCACACCGUCCACAUUCAACGGACAGGAGUCACACAACCAGGGUAUGUUCAACAAAUCGAAGGGGAAGGGAUGCCAGUAUUCGACCAAGAGGGAAUGUUCGGUGAUCUUUUCAUUGAGUACAACGUUAUCCUCCCUUCAACUAUUUCGAAAUCUGCGCGGACAAAGCUGGUAGAGGCUUUCCAACGACCGAGAGGAAAGGAUGAAUUAUAGUCUAUUUUGUUAUUACCUCAAUCCUAAUUAUUUCUCAAUGGUUCACUUUGGCGCCCUUUGGAGUUACAAGCGGUCACAUUGGGUCCCGAUCGGGUCCCGCGCCACAUGGGAGGUGGUAUUCGGGAGGUUCGAAGUGUUCCAAUAAAUGACUAUGAAUUAUUUG